AUGCAGAAGAGACAGGGUGCACCGGCUAUAAUUGAUGGGGUACAUGAGUACAUUCCAGAGAUCAAGAAUGAAAUCGAGGAGCUAACCCUCCAUAAGGAAAGCAUGUUAUCUGUGAUGGAUCAAAACAAGCAAUUAACUAUUUCAGUGCGUGAAAUUGCUAAAGGUGAACUCGUCCUUCAGAUUUGUAUGAAAAGGGACCAAGGAAAGCUUUCCAAUCUUCUGUGGAAUUUAGAAGCUGAAGGCAUUAGCAUUUUGAAUGCCUCCACUGUUGAAGUUCCGCAUGAUCGAGUCUGCUUCCAUUUACACAUCCAGGUAUAUGCUAUCUGGAUAAUGUCUUUAUCUAUUUGCUUUUCUCUUUAAGGUUCAGUACGUUUUCUAGGGCUAAUUUCUUUCACCACCAUAUGCACAAUUUCUUU